AUGUCCGUUUCAUCAUCAUUCUCCCCCACAACCUACAGCGCCGUCCCUUUAGGAGCGUGCCAGCUCAAUGGGAUGCAUCCGUCGCCACUCAUUCCAUAUCUAAUGCCCCUCCACCGACGAUACCAGCCAAGAAGGAAAAAGGAAAGAACAAUCCCUGUCGAGAGACUCCCGGAUGUUACCUUUGAGGCAAGGAAACGGAGACGUUUCCAUCCUAUGCCCAGAGGAUCCGACGAGAUCAUUACCGCCUCCGUGCAGCAGAUAUCUAUGUGUUGCGACUACGAGAGAUAUACGGCCCCCAACCUUUGUUAUGUCUCCAUGCUGUUUGGUUGGAGAUCUUUUGUCCUCCUUCAGACCAUAACAUGGUUCGGUCUUCUCCACCGCUCGACAUCCAAGUUUGACUGUGCCCCUUCUAUGGUUCGGAGUAAGAAGUACUCGAAACUGAGCGCAUAUGCCGCGAUCAUCACACGCCGAGACACUAUGCCUGUAGUUAGCACGCCGUACUGCAGCAACAUGGUGGGGGUUUGGAGGCCCCGCUUACUUAGUGAGCUUCUCGUCGGAGGUGACUACACGCUGGCCAUGGUGGUUGCGGAGCGCGCCGGCCCUCACGAACACUGCCGCAGGGCACUUUCCGGGGGGAUUGCCAGCGCCGGAAAAUCAGACACUUCCAGAUCUUGCUCCUGA